AGCUGCCUCGUCCAUGUGAGCAUGCGCAAAAUCCCCACUUUGUCAAAGAUCGUCUAUCGGCUGCGGCGUAGAUAGUCAGUGGAAUUUGUAGAGUAACUGUAAGAUCAUCAACAGUGUCGGACUUCUAUAUAUAACCAGGAUGGCGGUAGUUGACAGCCUCACCAACUCCACAGCCGUCUACAACGACACGGGGUUCACAGCCGUCUACAACGACACGGGGUUCACAGCCGUCUACAACGACACGGGGUUAUAUUGUCACGUGUUAGAGAUGGGCUUUACUCGGGUAGGAAUCCCGCUCCUCUUGUCUCUGAUCAGCCUUCUCGGGUUGGCGGGAAAUGUCCUUGUUAUCUACGUCAUAUCCAGGAAUAAACGGAUGAACGCGCUGUUCUUUAACUUAGCUCUGGCUGAUUUGUUCUUCAUCAUCGUGUGUGUACCGGUUCAGAUCACUAACUAUGCCUCGGCCAACAGAGUGGCACUGGGUCCUGUGAUCUGCAAGAUCAGCUACUACGUCACCUACUUCACCAUGGCACUCAGUAUCUACUCUCUUGUGGCCAUCUGUGUCCUGCGCUAUGUGGGCAUCAAACACCCGCUUCACGCCAGGAAACUGUUACGCCGCAGAAACGUGAUUCUCGCCAGUAGCGUGAUUUGGGUGUUUACGUUGGUGUUGAACAUACCGGUGGCGUUUUUCUACAAUGAGACGUCGACGUCAUUGUGUAGUGUGUCUACGGGGGAACAGUGGCAGUACUACGUCUACGUCUCACUGACGUCAGGAUUUGACUUUGUUAUUCCUUUCAUCCUGGUCUCUACGCUGUCUACGUUGAUUAUUGUAACAAUAAGGAAAGACCUCACUGAGAGAGAGGAGCUGCAUCUGGAAACUGAGGAACAGCUUCAGCAAUCCAAGAAAAAUACGAAAAGACUGAUUGUUCUGGUCAUAUUGGUAACAGUGGUCUUCUUCGUCUGCAACGGACCACUUAACUUAACUUUAAUUCUUGUAGGGAUGGGAGCCGUCAGUUUUACGUGUGACCCUGUGGACGGGAUUCCUAUCAUUCUCAUUCAAGUUCUGGCCAUUUCAAACGCCAGUUUAAAUCCUCUGAUAUUCAACUUUGCAUCAAAGGAAUUCAGAAAAGAAUUUGCAAAAGCCCUGAGUUUUCGUUCUAAAAAAAGAACCACCGACAGUAUGGCUUUAACAGGUUGUGGUGGAAAUAAAAACGGAACUAAAUGUACUCUAAGAGACUCGCAGUAGUUCAGACAAUUCAGUUUUUAAUAAUCAUUGUAUGAUGUUCUAUGUUUUUGUUUCCAUUUCACUCUACAUUUUAUCAAUAUUCAGAGAUAAUAGACCUUAGGAUUAGUUUUUUUUCUUCGGUAUUCUGCAUUCUCCUGACCCCUGCUUGCAAUUGACCCAAUUGUCCGUUUUCCUAUGUCUUCUCUGAAAUCAGUGGCACUCAUUACAGAACGAUUACGUUUAAAACCAGCUGAAUCCCCUGAGAGAUGGGCGAGGUCGGCCAUAUUGAAUUCCACAGUUUUAAAAACCAUUGAAUGUUUUCGUCAGCAGAGGCGAUGUUGUCUCCGUUGUUGUCUGCCACUGCAGUAAAUAUAGAGACAAAACAAACACUACAAAGCUCGGUGCCUUUCGAUAUAGGUAAUAAGAAGAAAUGUAAUGUUGUUAAUGCAUUUUUGUAUAUUUAAUUUGUGAACAAGGUGCACAAUAAUCAAGU